CACGAAAUGGCUUCAAUCGACGGCCACCUCCCUCCUGAUGCCACAGACGACGGCUGCCUCCCUCCUAGCCUCCCUCCCGAAUACGUACCUGGGUAUAAAAAUCCCGGGAUGCCCUACUUUAGUCGAUUGACGCCUGGGCCGCGCCGCAUGGUUACCUAUGCUUUUAAAUCUGGCAAGUUAACGAUGAAGGCAGGCAGGCGUAUCGUCACCCUCGCUUGUGAUCGGUCCGGCCCUCUACCUGCCCGUGAUAAGGCACGAAAAAGACGUACUAGAUCGAAAAGGACUAGCUGCCUUUAUUCAGUACCAGGAAAAGAAGUUACCGACGGUAGCUGGGUCGAUUUAUCCCCUAAUAGCUCUACGACUGAGCCCCUUUACGUGGAGAGGUCAUCCCGAUCAAUCUACCUCUAAAAUAUACGAACAGAAGUUUCGUCUUUGAUCUUUUCGUAAUUAACUAGCAAUACAACGACUUUUUCUCCGCUUAGAGUACUAUCAAUAAUCAAGAGCGAGAUGAUGGUAUCUUUAUCCUCCAGCCUCCGAAGGGGACACUAGAGAUCAGCGGGUAGUAUCUGCUCGGCCACAGCCACGGCUGGAGAUCGGAAAGCUAGGAUUAUGCAAUAAUGAGGGUCUUCGCUCUAGCGGAUGCUGAAUAAAUAGAGGUCUGCAUAUUUUUUUGUAGGGAAUGCUGAAUA